CCAUUUAAUAUUUGUGUUUAAAAGAUGUGUAAGUUCUCUUUGUUAUUUUGUUUUUGCAUUUUUGUGGCUUUUGAAUUUGCCAAUGCCUCUGCUCCUGAUAUCUCCAAUGGAAAGGCUAGUUUUUAUGAACUAAAGAAAGGAAAUAUGUCCUUGAAGUUCACCAACUUGGGUGCAACUCUCGUAUCCUUUGUUAUUCCUGAUAAAUCUGGAAAGCCAAUUGAUAUUGUUUUGGGCUAUGAUACCAUUGAGGAGUACCAGAAAGACACAACAUAUUUCGGAGCUAUUGUGGGACGAGUUGCAAACAGAAUUGGAGGUGCUCAAUUUAAGUUGAAUGGAAAAAUAUUCAAACUAGCUGCCAAUGAAGGAAAAAAUAUACUCCAUGGUGGCUCCAAAGGAUACUCCAAAGUUGUUUGGAAAGUCACUAAGUAUAAAAAUGAUGGUCAGGCUCCUUACAUUGUCUUUACCUAUCGCAGCACUGAUGGGGAAGAAGGAUUCCCUGGUGCGCUACGUGUGAGUGUGAUAUACACACUCUUAUCGAAUAAUCAAUUGAGUGUUAUAAUGAAAGCUAAGAGUCUUGAUAAUAAGCCAACUCCAGUGAGUCUAGCUCAACACAGUUAUUGGAACUUGGGUGGUCAUAAUAGUGGAGAUAUCUUGAACACACAAGUUCAAAUUUUUGGACAAUUUUACAUUGCGGUAGACAAUGAUUUGAUCCCGACUGGCCAAAUUCUAUAUGCUAGAGGAACUGCCUAUGAUUUCACUGAACCUGAACUUAAACCUAUCGGAAAAAGGAUUGACCUACUUCCUAAAGGUUAUGACAUAAACUAUGUACUUGAUAAUUUUGACGUGAAUAAAAUGAGGAAGGUAGCAACUAUGCAGGAUGCCAAAUCGGGGUUGAGAAUGGAUCUAUCAACAAAUGCACCUGGAAUGCAAUUCUAUAGUGGAAACAUGCUAAAGGAUGAGAAGGGAAAAGGUGGGUUUGUGUAUAAAGCUCGUGCAGGUGUAUGCUUAGAGACUCAAUGGUAUCCUAAUUUUGUUAAUCAACCAAGCUUCCCUCAAUCCAUUGUUGAGAAAGGAAAGAUUUACAAGCAUCACAUGCUAUAUGAGUUUUCAAUUGUUUAGAAAAGAUUGAUCCCUUGUGGUAUGAUACUUUGCAAUUUGCUAAUUUUAUCUUGUAAUAGUAUUAUAUUCAUAUAAGCUUAAUUAAUACAUUUUACUGCUUCAAUUAAUUAGCAGUUACAACUCA